CUAAGGCGCGUUGCGACGACGUUCUCCUUUUCGACCUCGUGUCCCUGGCAAGCUUCUGCUCCCGUGCCUCUCGCCCUUUUGUCCAUUCCACAGUGGAUGAGCACGAUUCAACGUGUCUGUCCGCUCUUUUUCCCGUGCCCCCCCCCAAGAGACCACGCAUCCCGUCCGGCGGCGCCCUCGACCAUCUCCGCACCAACAUCCAGUCGCAUUCAGGCGCUGGUCAGCAACUGACCGCCUUUCACACCCAACGCCAGCAGCGUGCUCUCUGAUUCCCUAGCCCUCAUGAUGGCAGGUACACAGCGCUAUCUGCGCUACAUUGUCUUUGCGCUCUUUGCCAUCGUUCUCCUCUACUUCAUCAGCUCUUCGUCGUCUGUUCCCUCGGCGCCCAGCUGGCCCAGCUACGGUGGUACCAAGGACACCCUCACGCCGGGCACACCCAGCGCUCCCGAGUCUCUCGAUCCUCUCGCGCCCGCCGUGCCCGCCAAGUCGAACGCUCCCAUCGUUGCGAAGCCCCCGACAACUCCCAAUGACCACGAGCUGCCACCGGCCACGGCGUCCGGCGAGCGCAUGAAUGCCACCUUCGUCACCCUCGCCCGCAACCAGGACGUCUGGGAGAUUGCCAAGUCCAUUCGCCACGUCGAGGACCGCUUCAACCGCAAGUUCAACUACGACUGGGUCUUCCUGAACGACGACGACUUCAACGACGAGUUCAAGAAGGUCACGACUGCUCUGGUAUCUGGCAAGACCAAGUACGGCAAGAUUCCAAAAGAGCACUGGUCUUUCCCUGAAUGGAUUGACCAGGACAAGGCCGCUCGCGUUCGUGAGGAGAUGAAGGAGAAGAAGAUUAUCUACGGCGACUCCAUCAGCUACAGGCACAUGUGCCGCUACGAGUCUGGCUUCUUCUUCCGUCAUCCCUUGAUGCUCGAUUACGAGUGGUACUGGCGCGUCGAGCCCAGCAUCGAGAUGCACUGCGACAUCAACUAUGAUACCUUCAAGUUUAUGGCCGAUAACAAGAAGAAGUACAGCUUCACCCUCAGUCUGUACGAAUACGUCGAGACUAUCCCCACCCUCUGGGAAGCCACCAAGAACUUCACCAAGACCUUCCCCGAGCACAUUGCCCAGGACAACUCUCUGAAGUUCAUCAGUGACGACAACGGCGAGACCUACAACCACUGCCAUUUCUGGUCCAACUUCGAGAUUGGUAACCUCAACUGGCUCCGAUCCAAGGCUUACCUCGACUACUUCGAGGCCCUCGACCACGCAGGUGGUUUCUUCUACGAGCGCUGGGGCGAUGCGCCUGUCCACUCCCUCGCCGCAGCCCUGAUGCUCAAGAAGGACGAAAUCCACUUUUUCAACGACAUCGCCUACUACCACGUGCCUUUCACCCACUGCCCUACUGGCGAGCAGUACCGCCUCGACCACAAGUGCCACUGCAACCCCAAAGAUAACUUUGACUGGAACGGCUACAGCUGCACAGCACGUUACUAUGAGCUCAACAACCUUCAAAAGCCAGUAGGGUACGAGAAGGAGCAAUAA